AAAAAAACAGAUAGAAAAUAAAAAUAUUGAAAAAAAAAAACUCUCAGGGACAGGGAAGUUACUGCAAGCAACGUAAUUCCAUAAACACAGACAUUUGGAAUCUCUCUCACUUCCUCAAUCUCAAUUCCUCGGCGAAUUCAACACUUUCUGGAUUUUUUCGUCGUUUUCGUCUGCCUCUUCUGAUAAAACGUCGACAAUUUCAAUGCUCAAUUGACAUUAGAUUUCGAUCGGACAUCAGUUUCGCCUUAACAGAUCACGCAGCUAUGUUCGCCCAUGGAGGUGAAACUCCUUCGAGGUAUGAAUUGUUGAGUAUGGUGAAGAAACAUUCUAAUAUGUUGGGGAAGACAAUAGUCGAUGAGCAAGAUGCCUCAGAUGUUGAAAUGGAUCAAGCUUUCUGGCACGAUAUUCUGAACCUUUAUUUUGUUCAAGGCAAGGAAUCAAGAGGACGCCAAGAUGAUGAUCUCAUAUUUUUUGUUAGAAAAAUGAACUGGCAUCCUCACAGUACUAAUGACGACUCAGAUGAUAAUUCUCCUUACUUUGUACGCAGGUGGGCAUCUAAGUUGCAUACUAUGCUUGGUGACCAUUUGAUGGAGGUCGAUUGGAGGCGAUCAUUUUAUUUGAACCUUAUAGCUCACACUUCUUUCACUGUAACUGUUGCUAUUUGCAGCAAUCAGGUCCUUCAACAUCAUCGAGUGGGGCAAGAUACACCAUUGAAUCCUAUAUACAAGGUUGUGAAGACUGUUUAUGCAUCACCUAGCCGGGUUAAUUUCCAUCUGGAUUCUAAAAAGGACGCAGAAACAGUUCCAGCAUAUCCUGAUAUUUGCUUUGCCAUUGAUGACUUUGAUUCUACAUUUGACACAGUGGUUUUGUCAGAUGCAGAUCAUUGCUACUGUGUUGUCCUAAAUGCUCAUGCUGGGGCUGCAUUUCCUAGUGAGAAGCCUGAUAAUGAAGUCUCUGACAAUUUGGAGAAAACAGGAGACUACAUAAAGAAAACUAAAACCAAGGUUACCAUAUUUUCUGGAUUUGUGAACUAUCAAAUGGUUCGUGAAGCAUAUGAUGUUGGGAGAAUUCGUUUAGGAAGUCUGCUUUCUUUCAAUCAUUCUUCAGGUAAAACAGACAGAAUUUACAUGAAAGGUCCAGGUGGACGUGGAGAAGUUGAAGUAGCUGUUUCUGGUGUUGAAGACCUGAGCCAACAUUCUUCAGGACCUUCUUCACCUGUUAUUUCAAAAAGUGGUUUUGGUCUUGCUACAAUUGUUCGGAAAGCAGCAUCUGUUGCUUCUGCUGCUAAACAAGCUUAUGAAGCAGCUUCAAAGAAUGGCGAUGAUGAGAUGUUGCCUCUCAAAUGUUGCUUAAUGUCUGUAUCAUUGCCUUGGGAGCACAUAGCACAUGAUCUCUUGUUUAAGGGGGGUCCUCCGGUUAAUAUGUAAUCUAAUACCUGGACGAGCGGAAUUCACAAUGCAGAGCUAUCAAUCCAAUUCGCCCACAGUUUCAGAUGUCGGAAGUUCUGGUAAUAUCUUUUGGUUUAAAAAUCCCUGGUUCUCGAGUUUGUUAUGAUGUCUCAAGUGACUUGAGUUGCGUAGCUCCGGCGCUUCCUUGUACAUCUCUUGUAAAUGAGUAGAUUUCAUUCGUUUCAAUUUACCUUGUCUGUCUUUUCAGAAAAUAAGUGAAUGUAGCUAAAUAGAGUUCGGAAUAUUUACUGCUGUUUUUUCAAUGUUUUCUCGCUAAAUGUAGCAUAGCUUUUGCCACAAUUGACCGUGCUAAAAGCCUAAAAGUAUUGUAUCAUAUUAAAUUUUUGUAAUGGUUCAUUUUAAAAAAUAAUUUACUUUUUCA